AUGAGGACCCCGUCCGCGUCCUCUUCCUUUGUCAUCCCCGAAGUACCGCCAUCGUCCUCCUCCGACCGCGACGAUGACAUUGACUCGCUCCCUUCCAUCUCCAGCAGCAUACUUGAUUCCGACUCCGAGACCGACUCGUCGGACGCGCAGCGGGAAUGGGAGGCCAGUCUGGAGCAGUUGCAGCUCCUGCUAACCAUGAUUAUCUUGCCCUUUGCGGGGAAGUUUCUUGGCCGGAAGUUCGCAUACUGGAGCUGGGCGAGGUACAUGGAAUGGAUGCACAACGUCGAGAUUCGGUGGACAAGCAAAAGCGCAUUCAAUGCUGCCGGGGCGGCCGAAGCUGCGUCGUCAUUAUGA